AUUUGUUGAUAUUUGUGGUUUUGUUCGACAUCGAUUCUUUGAUCUUGUACAUGUGUGUGAUACGAAGGCGAUAACUCUUAAAGAUGCAAUAUUUUCCACCCUUUCUCGUCACAAUCUUGACAUUCAAAAUAUUCGGGGUCAAGGAUAUGACGGAGCGAGUAAUAUGCGUGGUGAAUUCAACGGAUUACAUGCACUAAUUGCUAAAGAAUGCCCGUAUGCAUAUUGUGUGCAUUUUUUAGCUCAUCGGUUGCAAUUGGCGUUGGUCGGAACAUCUAAAGAAGUUAUCCCCGUCUACCAUUUUUUUACCACGUUAAAUUUCAUCAUAAAUGUGGUGG